UUAAAUAUGCCAAAUUCCCCUAAACCACUGCUUGGAAUAUUCUUCUCUUAUGCCCUUUUUAUAUACUUUAAACUCCAUUUUCUGCAAUCUUCUAUUGUAAGGAAAAAGUCAGAGAUGAAGUUCUGGAAGAUAUUGAAGAGUCACAUAGAGGAAACAUUGCCGGAAUGGCAAGACAAAUUCUUGAGUUACAAAGAUCUGAAGAAAGAAUUGAAAUUGAUUUAUCCUCAGGAUGACCGGCCUAUCAAAAAACAGAGAUUGAAUAAUGAUGAGCUUACCAAGGAGGUGAAUGAUUUUGUAAAGCUCUUAGAAGAGGAGAUUGAUAAGUUCAACACUUUCUUUGUCGAGAAAGAAGAAGACUACAUCAUUCACCUUAAGGUUUUGAAAGAGAGGGUAGCUGAGAUGGGAAAGUCAAAUGAAGAGGUGAAUAGAUUAGGCAGGGAUAUUGUGGAUCUUCAUGGAGAGAUGGUUUUAUUGGAGAAUUACAGUGCUCUUAACUAUACAGGAGUUGUGAAGAUUUUAAAGAAAUAUGACAAACUCAGUGGGGAGCUUCUUCGAUUGCCUUUCAUCCAAAAGGUGCUUGCGGAGCCAUUCUUCGAAACUGAGGUUCUAAAUAAACUAGUGAAGGAGUGUGAUACACUUCUUAGUCACCUAUUAUACCAAACUGAGCCACUCAAAGUAGCAGGAGCAGGAGGAGGUGGUGGCGGAGAAAGGCCAGUCAAAGUUCCUCAAGAACUUGCAGAGAUCAAGAAUAUGGAGAACAUGUACUUGAGACUUACAUAUUCAGCACUCAGAGUCUUGCAGGAGAUGCGCAGCGGAAGUUCAACUGUCAGCAUCUUCUCUUUGCCACCAAUGAAGACCAACGCGCUCGACAAUGUAUGGAAAAACGCUCCAGUGGUCAUACAAGAAGCAAAGUAGGGGGUUACUCAUGUCUCUUGAUAUACUGUUUUGUUUCCUUUUGCCAAGAAGAAGUACUGAGUGCAGUUGCUGCUCAUAUAUAGCUUUAGAUUUCUGAUAAAUAUAUAUAUAUAUACAUACACACAUGUUCCCGUUUGUAAUCCAUUGUUUUUGGCUCAAGAAUUUUAAGUUAAGCUAAUGCUUCUAUUGUCUUAAAGGUUGUAUGUACAUUAAUUAGUCUUGGAGGCUGAAUUUGAUCUUUGGGUAAGAUAUGAGCUUCACCACCUCAUAGGAACUUCUUUGCAAA